AUGAAGCUCAACGCCCGCCAGAGCUGCCGGAAUCUGGUCCGCAUCCUUUUCUCCCCAAGUCUUUGGUUCGAUGUCUACUGGCCAAAAUACCGCAAAUACUGGUUCUCCCUUCUCUUUAUUGGCGUCGUCAGUGCCAAACUUCUCCACAUUUACUCCCAUCUCAACUCCUUGACCGUCGCUCGUUUUCUGCUCUGGGGCCCAACAUUCUUUUUGCAAGAUAUCAUCUGUAUCGCUGUGGCAUAUGCCAUCUGUCAGGAAUUCCAACGAAAAUGGAUCCGCGUUCUGACCGCUUUUGUGGGCGUCUUAUCCAGCUUGUUGAUCUCGGGAAUAGCCGCGGCAAACAUCUCCUUCUACAUCAAAACUGGCGCCGAAAUCCACUGGCGACAAGCGCAUUCCUUCCAUCGUGAUGCGGCGUCUGUCAAAACAUUGUUGACUGGCUUGACUGGAAUUGUCAUCGGCGAGAUUCUGUUUAGUCUGAUUGCCUGGGUAUCAGGCCCCUCCCUAUACAAUCUUACCGACAACGCUUUUUCGAUUUUGAAGAACGCAAUUGCUCCACUAUACAGACGCUUGAAGAAAGAUACCCCCGAGAAAUACGAACAAGUGAACGGUGACGAUUGGCAAAGGGACGAGUUUAAUGAUGCCGAGUCCCAAUCCAUGCUUGGGUUGCACAAAUCCAAACAAACUUUCUCCUCGAAACCAUCUUUUUUGACUCGAACCAUUUUCGUCUCUGCCACUAUUUAUAUGCUUGUCCUUCGAUUAUUACGCCCAUCUGAUGACGCAUACGGAUUUCUCUCACAGACCGUCAUUAUCACCCCAUUCGAAAGCUCCCCUGGCGGAGAGACGACUUCGGUAAAUAUCCCAGAUUUACCGGGUGACUACAGCUGGUUGUACAACCACACUGCACUAGGCGAGGCUCCACACUUUGACUGGCUCCCCGCCAAGGAACUCGCAGGCUUUCGCGACUGGUACAAGGACGCUGACGGCAAGCAACGACAACACUAUGACCCGCUCCUUGAUCCGCUGCAUAUCUCCAACCUUGAUCGUGAUAUUAUUGAGCCAUUGCGUGACACUCUCCGCAACGGAAAUGUCAGCAUCAAGCAUGUACUUCUAAUCAAGCUGGAAAGCACGCGUGCCGACGUUUUCCCUGUGCGCAAAGAAUCAUAUCUCGCGGAUCUGAUCCAAGAAUCAUACUCCGACAAGAAGAUCCCGGAAGAUGUCGAGAAGCGAUUGGCCACCCUGACGCACAAUGCAGAAAGAUUCACUGGUGUUCAAUCCGGCUUCGGAAACGAAGACGAGACAUUCCAACCAUACGGCGGUAUCUUUGCGACGAAUGCAUACACGAGCGAUACUUUCACUCUCAAGAGCAUUCUAGCGAGUGUCUGUGGUAUUGCCCCUUUGGUUGUCGACUUCAACAAAGAAUAUCUUCAUCACAUCUACGAGCCGUGCAUGCCACAGAUCUUCAAUGCACUGAACUUAAUGCCGAACGCCACCAAGUCUGAAGAACCCCAUCAAUACAAGACCUGGCCCUGGCACUCUAUUUUUAUGCAGAGUAUCACCGACAAUUACGACAAUCAGAACCAUCUUAUUCCAGCAAUGGGAUUCGAUGAGAAAAUCACUGAUAAGACAAUCACCAAGGACUGGAAGAAAAAGAAGGGCAAGGGAAAUCCUCCUGAAAAGUUCAACUUCUGGGGAUACCCCGAGCACGAACUGCGUGGCUACCUCUCGCGAGCCCUCUUGGAUGCGGAAACACACCAGAAGCGGCUCUUCCUCACACAUCUGACCGGCCAAACUCACUAUCCUUGGGAUAUGCCUGUGGGUGACAAAUAUGAGAAAUUUAUGCCCACCAGCAUUUUCAACCAUAAUAAGAGAAUCGGCAAGUACUUGAACACCCUCGGAGUUGCCGACAGGUGGCUUGGAGAAAUCCUGGAAGUUUUAGAAGAGACCGGGGUUAUCGAUGAGACCUUGAUAGUCAUGGUCGGUGAUCAUGGCCUGUCUAUUAUCGAAGAUGGUGGAGCAACUCCAUACGACAACCCCCAUAUAUCCAACUUCCACGUCCCCCUUGUAUUCUCGCAUCCACAGCUACCCCCAAUCAAGGUUGAUGGCCGAGUCCAUUCGAUGCAAAUUCUCCCCACUAUUCUCGAUCUGCUUGUUGAGUCUGGCUCCUUGGACGAAGAAGCAACACAUGCCAUCAAAGAUCUCCUCCCGCUUUACGAAGGCCAGUCAAUCAUCCGGGACCUCGUCCCUCAAAAGGAUGGCCGACAAGACUGGCAGUUUACUGUGAUGAACACUGGCGGAACAUGGCUUGCCCUACGAUCUGCUUCCACGCCAUACCGUUUGAUUAUUCCUUUGGUCCAGGACGUGGAAUGGAGAUUCACUGAUGUCGACGUCGAUCCUCAUGAGUUCCACACUUUGCAGUCAUUCUCUUUGAUCCCUUUGCUGGAGGACGUUGCAAAGGUUCAUGGAGAGGCGGCUGUGGAGUGGAUCAAAGAAGCCGCACAUGUUACCCAAUGGUGGGUUUCUGAAAACUGGCGGCGAUACGAAUAUGUCCCCGAGAAUUAA